CUCUUUGUUCUCAAUCAAUCUCAAAAGUCAUGGCUUCCCUUUCUCUAACACAUCCACUAAAUCUCAAUCCUAGUACUGCCAUCUCCACCUCUUGCUUCCCUCCCUCAUUUGCCGGAAAAAAAUCCCACGCUCCCAAUCAUCGCUAUAAGGGGCAGUCGACCACAUGCAAAGGUUCUAGGGAGGAUGACCAAAGUCCUCUUGGAAAGCUUGACAGGAGGAAUCUGCUCAUUGGCCUCGGAGGGCUAUACGGCACCGCGGCGGGGCUCGGCUCCGAUCCAUUGGCCCUCGCUAACCCGGUGGCGCCGCCUGACCUAUCCAAAUGCGGUCCGGCGGACUUCCCCCCAGGCGCCACGCCUACCAACUGUUGCCCACCAAUAUCCUCAAAGAUCAUAGAUUACAAGUUACCACCAGUAAGUAAAUUGCGUGUUAGGCCUGCAACUCAUACAGUUGACGAGGCGUACAUUGCCAAGUACAACAGAGCAGUUCAACUCAUGAAAGAUUUACCGGAUAGCGAUCCAAGAAGCUUCUCGCAGCAAUCCGACAUUCAUUGCGCGUAUUGCGAUGGCUCCUACGACCAAGUGGGGUUUCCCAACCUUGAGCUCCAAGUUCAUGAGUCAUGGCUAUUUUUCCCGUUCCAUCGGUGGUACCUCUACUUCUAUGAGAGAAUCUUGGGAAAACUUAUCGACGACCCGACCUUCGCUUUGCCGUUCUGGAACUGGGACUCUCCACCGGGCAUGCAGUUUCCGGCGCUCUACGCAAAUGCUAAGUCGCCCCUCUACGACAAGCUCCGAGAUGCCAACCAUCAACCGCCGGUAACCGUUGACCUUGACUACAGCAAAGCCGAUGCUGGUGUUCCGACGACCAGUAAGGACGUUCAGGUGUCAGCUAACCUCAAGAUCAUGUACCGGCAAAUAAUAGCCAACGGGAAAAAUGCGCGGCUGUUCCUCGGCGAGCCUUAUCGCGAAGGAGACGAUCCUAGCCCCGGGCCGGGUUCAUUGGAGAACGUCCCGCAUGGACCAGUCCACUUGUGGACAGGCGAUAGCACACAGCCGAAUUUUGAGAACAUGGGGAACUUCUACUCGGCUGCUCGAGACCCCAUAUUCUUCUCACACCACUCAAACAUUGAUCGAUUGUGGAGUGUGUGGAAAACAUUGGGAGGGAAAAGAAAUGACUUCACCGAUCCGGAUUGGCUCAACUCCGGCUUCUUGUUCUAUGACGAGAAUAAACAGCUUGUGCGUGUUAGGGUUGGUGAUUGCCUUGACUCGAAAAAGCUCGGGUAUGUCUACCAAGACGUUGAUAUUCCGUGGCUGCAGACCAAGCCAACGCCGCUUAGAACAAAGCGCGCUGUGGCAAGAAGUAGUAGUACUUUAGUUGGGGCUGCACUUGCGGCGGACACGAAGAAAACCACGACUCGCGUCAAGUUCCCGAUAAAGUUGGACAAGGUGAUAAGUACGGUGGUGUCGAGGCCGAAGAAGUCGAGGAGCAAGAAUGAGAAGGAUGACGAAGAGGAAGUGUUGGUAAUUGAGGGAAUUGAGUUUGAUAGGAAUAAUCCGGUGAAGUUCGAUGUUUAUGUGAACGAUGAGGAUGAAAGUGGACCGGAAAAUUCCGAGUUUGCAGGGAGUUUUGUUAACGUGCCUCAUAAGAAGAAGGGAGACAACAAGACUAGAACUAAUUUGAGGUUGGGCAUAACAGAUUUGCUAGAGGAAUUGGAGGCUGAGGAUGAUGAUAGUGUGGUUGUGACUUUGGUGCCAAAGUUUGGGAAAGGACUCGUCACCAUAUCUGGGAUCAAAAUUGAUUUUAUAGCAUGAGAUAUCCCCAAUGUAAUUAAAGUGUUAUGGUGUUUUGAUUUGGAAUAAUCUUGUUUUGGAAUAAAGCUUCUUAUGAUUUUGUAAUUUUUCUUUUUUUUUUCCUUUCAACUUUUCCUGAUCUUUAUGGAUAUUAGUUUUGUGGUGGAACUAGCUAGCCUCCGGCAAAAAGCCAUGCACCAUCAGUUGAAAGCU